AUGAACGACUCUCUCUUGUUGUCCCUUAUAAUAGUGCUCAUUUCCUUUGUCAGCUUGCUCCAGAAGUACCACUCUACUCUCACAGACUUGAAGCUAGAGAACCAGAAGAAGCAGCUCUUGCACCAAUCCUUCCUUUCCUCCAAACAACACAACGACAACGAUGCCAAUCCAAUCACCAAUCACCACCAUGAAUCCAAAACAGAAAGCACAAAAUUGCCCCCAAACUUCUUUAAAAACAUAUCGUCCUACCCUGAUCUCCAGCAUCUAUUCCAAAACGAGUUCAAAUUAGCCUUGAGCAGCUAUAUCAAUACCCAAAAGGAUCUCCAAAAUGAUAUCCAAAACCAACUUUACAAUAAACUCACUACUGAUAUCCACCAAUUCAAUUCAACACUAUCUGCUAGUUUAAAUGACCUAAAAGGCUUAUUAAACGACUUGAACUCAGAAAAUAUUGUCCAAAAUAAUACAAUCAUUACCUCAAUAAAUAAUCUUAAUGAAUCACUUAAUGAAUCACUUAAUGAAUCACUUAAUGAAUCACUUAAUGAAUCACUUAAUGAAUCACUUAAUGAAUCACUUAAUGAAUCACUUAAUACCAUUAAUACCAUUAAUACCAUUAAUAACAACAACGAAACUAAAACAAUUGAGUCUCUUCAAUCAACGAAUAAUGAUCAACUAAUUUCUGAGUUAAACCAGAAAAUCACUCUCCUAUCCAACGAGAAUAGUCAAUUGAAAUCAAACAACAACUCCCUAAAAUACAACCUAAAUCAAAACCUAAUCCAAAUUGAAAACUUGAAAAACAAAUUCAACUUAUUAAACUACAAAUACAACGACCUAGCAAACAAUUUAUCUUCAAUCCCAAACAAUUCCUCUUCUGCUAUCACUGACAACCCUUAUUCCUCAAUCGAUAACAAUAUAAACCAUAACAUGGACUUGGACUUGGACUUGUCCUCUCCUUCAAAUCUACCUUCUCCUUCAAUCCAAAUUCAAAAUUAUAAAUCUUCCUCAAUAUCCUCCUCCGAUACCCUCAUCGAUUCUCCCUAUAACGAUAACUACCUCACCAACACAACUCCCUCAUCCAAUAACAAAAACUUUCAAAAUAUUCAAAAUAUUCAAAAUCAAAAUAACUUCAACAAUAUUAACGAUUUUAAAAAUGCUCUCACAAAAUCAAACGAUUCAAACACUUACCUUCUAAAUUUCAACUUUAAUGAUAUCAAAAUUAUCAUCCAAAAUCUUAAACAUCUAUUAUCAAACUCUCUUUGGAAUAACUCACAAUCUCAACCUCAAUCAAUAAUAAACGUCUAA